AAUUGACACUAGAACGGAACUAUCCGAGCCCACGUUCAAAUAAGUCCUAAAAACAAUUAACUAUUAAAAUUUAUUUCAGCGGAUAUCGAAGCCUUAAAACUUUUGUGGAAAGUUACUGUAAAAAGAGAGCUAAUUUCUAGGAUAGCAAGUAUUAUUUCGGCAACCGCUUUUUGGGCCAAAUCUCAGAACGGAAACCAAAGUAAUAAACUAAUACAUAAUUUAAACGUUUAAUUGGGGCAGUAGCAGAAAAGAAAUUUAGCAAUUUUUGAUAUAUCUUAGGGAUCUUUCGAAUAUAUAACCACAAUUGUCAUGUAAGCCUAAUGUCUGGCCGAGACAAAGCAAUUUUGUCUUUUGCUUGGACAGUUCGGUUUUUCCGGAGGGGGAGUUUCACACUGGGAUCCAGGAAGUAUUACACACCAUUACACCAAAUGCAUUUUAGAUCGGGAUUCUUGCUGAGCCCUUUUAAGUCUAUAAACAACAAUAGCAUACAUGAUAACAUGAUAACAAUAAUUUUGUUCUGCAACUAUGCAUUUGGUUAGAAUUUUUAAGAUAAAGAAUGCUUUUCUAAAAAAUAUAUAGGCUAAUAAAACGUUUGUAGAUCUGCAGCACAAAAUUUUUACUAAGCCAACGUUUUUGUUAAAUUUAAACAUUAAGAAUCUGAGUAGAUGGGAAACUAUUGGAGUGUGUUUUAAUAAAUAUUAAUAAAAUUUAGUUAAUAAUUACGUUAAAAGUAUACAAACACUAUAUUCAAUUUGUAAUAUUUACUAAAACUGUUAAUCAGGGUUAAUAGCAAUCAAAUGUCAUACUAUUUCAUAUUAGUUUAACAUAAAAAAGCAAAUUUUUAGUAAAGGGUGGCGGAGGAAGAUAACAAUAUUACGUUCAGAAUAAAUUGUAGAAUUUUCGAAAAUGGGAGAAGACUUAAAUGUUAAUAUUCAAAAUAUUACAGCGUAGAAUUUAAGAAGAAAAUGAACAGCUACAAAAUAAAAACAGUUUAAGUUUUAUUUACGUUUUUCUGUAUUAUUUUUAAAUUCGAUUCUUCUAAGAUGUUAAAAUUCCGUAACCCUCUCUCCUCUUCGGACGUCCAACAAAACUCAACCUUCCUCAAAACCUUUAUCACUUUAUGAAUAAUAAAAUGCAUAAACUGUAUAAAAUUUAAUGAAAUAAAACGGAUGUCCACUAAUGCUCAAUCCCCCCCUUUGUCCGACUUGUCAUAACGCUCUCCUUCCUUUCCAAUGUGGACGUCAUGUAUGGAAAGCCCUAAGGGAAUGGUUAAUCUUUUAGGUCCGAAUUAUCUGAAACUCUGUGAUUGGUAGAUUUUUAGCACGGAAAUUUCUCACUUCGUGAAUGGCUGGUAAGCGCCAGCGUGUCUAUAAAAGGCAUCACACGUAAAAUUUCGUUUAUUGCUGUACUGAAACUUUAAUUUGACGAGAAUGGAUACAGUGUGCUGCUCGGGAUGCCAGUACAAUUAUUUCGAGGCAACGGCAUUCUCGGAAGAGAGAGGGAAAGAAGAAUUGCUACGCCACGGCAUUUGGCGAAAGGAAACGAAAUGCGGACGGUGUGGCAACCUACUAAGAGCAGAAGGAGGACGAGAAUUAUUCCGUUGCGGAAAAGUAAUCCGGAAGGGUAAGAAACGUGCGGCACCUUGCGGGUGGAGCAAGUCCAUUUGGGCGGGUACUUUUUUCAGCCAUUCGAAUCUUUCUCUAGUUACCCUCUGGAGAUUUAUUUUCUCCUUAUUGGUAUGGAAGCCUCCGAGACAAGCCACACUACAUCGAUUUCUCGGCCUUUCGAAGAGAACCAUCGUGGACUGGUACUCUUUUUACAGAGAAGUAUGCGUCCACGAUGUGUCCUCCCAAACCGAGAAACUCGGAGGGGAAGGCCGGGUUGUCGAGGUAGAUGAGGCAAAAAUCGGACGGCGGAAGUACCAUAAGGGGAGAAUAAGCGAAGGUCAAUGGAUCUUCGGGGGUAUCGAGAGAGAGUCUCGAAAAAGGUUCUUGGUACCGGUGGAAACACGCGAUAGCCAAACGCUACUUUCGGUCCUGAAGGAGUGGGUGCUUCCGGGGACAACGGUUAUUAGUGAUUGCUGGAAGGCGUAUGAUUGCCUUCAAACUGAAGGCUUUCAUCACCUGACAGUUAAUCACAAGUAUAACUUUGUUGAUCCCCAGAUGGGCUCCCACACCAACACGAUCGAGAGGAUGUGGCGGGAGGUGCGCGCAAACGUUCCCCGGUACGGUGUUCGAAAGGAACACAUGGUCGGAUAUUUGGCUGAAUAUCUUUUUAAAGCCAAAUAUCCGGACAUGGGUUCUCGACUGCACCACUUUCAAGUUGCCGCUGCGAAUCUUUACCCUCCGGGUUACUAGUUUCGGAAAAGUUGUAUAUUAGCUGCAUACGCAAAAGGCCCUUUUAAGGUAAGUGUCUUUAUAAUAUAAGCUGUUGUAAUAUUUUAAUCUUAACUUGCAAUUUUAAAAAAUUAAAAGUUAUUUGUCUUUUUUCAGUAACAUAUCACACAAG